AUGAAUUCUAUUUAUAACGAGGAUAAUUCAGAAUCCUUAAAAGAGUUGUUUAGAUCUUAUAUCGAAUAUGAUCCAAAGCGAGGCCAAGCAAUGCUGUCAUUUUUAUAAGAGAAAGUUGAUGAUAUUAUCCCACUUGGAUUUUAGAAGGAAUUUUACACAUAUGCAGGAACUUUAGAAUUGCUAAAUAAGAAUUAUGAAAAUUCCUAGAAAUUGUUGGUAUCUGCACAGGAUUCGGGAGCAAAGGGGAGUUUGGCAGGAAUGUGUUUGAAUAAUUAAGUAAUUUUAUCUGAACUCAAUUUGGAAGGGGAAAUUAAGAAGUUAAAAGGAGAUUUUGAUGCCUUCUGUUAAUAGAAUAUUAAGAAUCUUUUAGAUGCAAUCAUGGCCUUUGAAUUGACUACAGUAGAAGAGAAUAAAAAAGAGCUUUAUUAUUUAUAUAAAUUAAUCGAUUAAACAGAAACAUACAUUGAUAAAAAAGAAAUUAAUGCGAUAAUCAAUGGAACUUAGAUAGUAAAUCCAAAUUCUUAUUCAGUAAUGUUUAAUUUGAUAGAUUUGUUAAUAAAUCACUAAUAUCCAGAUAAAGCCACGGCAUGGAUCAAAGUUGUUUUUAAGAAUAAAACACAAAGUCCAAAUUUAAAUAUAAUCAAUUUUGGAAGAUCCCUGUUGCAAUAUGCCAAAAUUUCAAUGAUUGACAAUAAGGUCAAUUAGGCUGAAACAGUUCUACUUGACUUCUUGAACUCAUAACAACCUAGACUGUCGUUUUUAUAGAUGAUGGGUUUAACAUAAUAUAGCCUUUUAUUAAAGACAGAGAACAGAGCGUAUGAGGCAGAUUAAUAUGAGAAGUAGGCAUUGAAUAUUUCAUCAAAGAUUAGUCCAACAUCAUAUAUUAGAGAGUAAAUUAUAUUAUUAUGAUUAUCAUAACAAUUAUAAUGUGUUAAUAAUAUGUAUAG